UUUAAAUGCCACAUGUCAAAAACCAUUUAGCAUUGGAAGCAUGAUGUCAUAUAGAAUCAAGCCUCAAUUCGUUCCACAUUCUUUCACAGUGGUUAGCAUCCCAGGUUCCUUGUACUAUAUAUUUUCCUAUGUCCUGAGUUUUUCUUUAUGAGGUGCAUGUGCCUUCAAAACAAAGGCCUCUAUCUUUCGUGACAGAAAAUGGAAGGAGUUAGUGUCUUGAAGAAAAGUUCUAACAGAAAGAAACAUGAUCUUUAUCAUGUUAUCCAUAAAGUUCCUUUUGGUGAUAGUCCUUGUGUCAAAGCCAAACAUGCUCAGAAAUGUGGAAUAGUAGAGGAGCAAAUUGAUUUAUCUAAAAGAAAGCUAAAACUUAUAUAUCAAGGAGAUGACUUUAAUGGAAGAACUACAAAUAAUUCUUGUUCUAAACUUAUAUAUCAAGGAAAUGACUUUAAUGGAAAGACUACAAAUACUUCUCGUUCUAAUGGCAAGAAGUUCCAAAUUUCAAUCAACCAAGAAACUGCAAGAUUAUUGGGAAACAUGGGCUGGACCUACAUGCAAAAGACAAACUACAUAAUGGCUGAGGUAAUUUUUAAGGAAGCUCAAGUGUUAGAUGCUGAUGUCAAGAAGGCUCUAAACUUGGCCUUAUGCUUAAUCAGACAAUCACGUUAUGAAGAAGCCUAUUUAAUUAUUGAAGAAGUUUUGCAAGGAAAACUUCAAGGUUCUGAUGAAAUUAAGUUCAUAAAUAAAGCUGAGGAAUUGCUUACAGAGUUGAAUGCAAACUUGCCACAACCUAAGUUUAUGGAUGAUUUAGGUCUUGAUGAUGAUCUUGUGAAGGAAAUUGAUGGGUCGCUUAAUGUAUGGAGUCAUAUUAGAUCCAGAAGACUUCCCAUCUUUGAGGAAAUAUCUUCUUUUAGGGAUAAUUGACAGGUUGAUAAGUUUUUAAUUGGUUGUGUUGUAUAUUGU